UAGUGAUGAAAAUAAAAAAGAGUUUGAAAUUAAUUUUACUGUUAAAUUACCAGUAUCGUUAGAAAAUUAUCAAAAUAUUUAUGAUCUUGUUUCAACUCCAAUUCUAAUCAAAGUAAUUGAAAGUUCAUCCAAUGAUAUAAAUUCCCAUCGAGAUGAUUUAUUAUCAGAAAAUAAAGAAAAGGAAAAAAAGUCCAGUUUUAUAAAAUUCAACUCUACUAUUGGAAUGUGCAAUCUUGAUGUGCAACCUAUAUUUUUAGGAGAAAGAACUAUUAGAGAAAAAUUAAUAAUUGAAGCACCUGUUUUAUUAUUGAAUAGUUCUAUGAUAUCAUGGCGAAAUCUUCCAUUAUUAUCGGUUACUGUCACUCAAUUAGGUCCCGAUUUAUUUCCAACAGAAAUGGAAAUUAAUUAUUUAAAUAUAACUAUAGAGAGUAUCUAUAAACUUCCAUCGUCAUUUACUGAUUCUUUAGAAUAUAAAUGUGGCACUAUUAUUUAUAUCGAUACUGAGGUCACCGAGAGGAUAAUAUUUGAAAGUGGAAAGUGGAAAAAAUUUCACGACAUUGAAAACAAAAAACAGUGGAAAACAUUGAAUAAUUUGAAAAGUAGAGCAAAAUUUUCAAAAUAUGAAAUUAGUUUAGAUUAUGAAAAUGUAAAGAAUUGUAAAAACGAAAUAGACUUACAGAAAAUUGUGAAUUUAGAUAUUCCCAGAGUGGAAUGGAAUUACGUUAAUCGUAAUUUAAUAAGACGUUCAGGUGUUGAAAUUAUGCAACAAUUUAUUGAAAAAUACAAAUAUUGGCCCUUUCAAAUAAUUGUAUGUGAUAAAAAUUUUGAAACUGGAAAGACUAAGGAUAUGAAGAAACAAAUUUAUCAGUGUUACGUUGAUUUAACAGAACUUCUUUAUCCUGGAAAAACACGAGUUCGAGUAGCUGCUCAAUUAUUUACGUACAAUAUUUCGGAGAUGAUACAAAAAACUGGUCAAAAUGGAGAUAUUUUUUCAAUGAAUUUACAAGAAUCGUUCGAUAAGUCACCAAAUAGUGAUCAAAAUCCAAGUAUCCCAUUGACAAACGAUAAUGGUGAACCAACGAUUAUUUUAAUUGAAUUUGAAUUGAAUCAACCAUUAAAAAAAUCAUGUUCUAACCAAGAAUAUUCAGAAGAGAUUGCGAAAUUAAUUGGGAAACGAAAACCUCAUCGACCCUAUAUUUUAACGAGUCAUUUAGCGGAGGAGCAAUUUUCCGAUUGUAUUAAAAAACUCGUAGAAAUAAUAACUGAAAGAUAUCAGAAUUUUAUUGAUAAAAAUAAAAGAAAAGAAGAUAAAGAGAAAAGAAAAAAUGUUAAUGAAAAAAGUACAAAUUCUCAAAAUGAUGAGGAAAAAUAUGAUAAUUCUAAACAUGAAUGUUAUUAUCAUUAUAUACCGGACGAAUUACAAUGUUUUAUUCAACAUUUACACAAUGCUGGAGAGUACACUGAUAUUCGUAAUACUUUAAAAAAUAAAAUUAUCACUCUAUUGGAUCAAAAAUUUACAAGUGAUAUUUAUAGUUGGGAUAAAAAAGAAAGUCAGAAUUACAUAGCAAAAGCCUAUGUUUAUUUAGUAGAACGUAUACACAUGGUUCUAAAUAGUACAAUUGAAAACCAAUUAUUCACAAAAAAAUUCGAAUCAAAAGAAUUGGAAAAUUUUUAUUUUUACGCUGAAGAAGCUUACAUUUUGGGAAAUAUUGAUGAAGCAAAACAUUAUUAUGUAAAUAUAAUAUCAAAUAAUUCAAAAAAUCCAAAUGCUUGGAUUAAUUAUGCUAUUUUUCUCAAAAAAAAUUCAGAAAUAGAGAAAGCACUUCAAUGUUGCAGAGAAGCAAUCGCUUUGGAUAAUCGACACAAAAUAGGAUUAUUAAUGUAUGGUAUACUUCUUACUUCGUUGCACAAAUAUCGAGAAGCACAACUAUUUUUAGAAUCACUUACUGCAUUUUAUCCACGAUUUGCAGAAGCUUGGAUUAUUUUACAUUUAUUUUAUCAACAAAUUGAAUAUCAACCAGGUUUAGAUGUGACAAUCAACAACGCUGAAAAAUAUUUUCAAGAUAAAACACGAGAUACAGAUAUUUCAUUACAAUUUUUUAAUCAACCCUUAGCUUGGUCAAUGAAUUUUUGCAAGGAAACUGAAAUGUACAUAGUUACUGCUACACUACUCAUGAAAUUGAGUCUUUAUGAAUUUGCAGGUUUGGCUUUAGCUCAAGAAUUAUCAUUAAACGGCAGAACAAUUCCAUUUUUAUAUUAUUUAAGUGUCGAUCAUUUCUUGCGAAAUCAAUAUGAAAGUGCAAUUCAACAUUUAAAAGAAAUUGAAAGAAAUUACGGUUUGGAUUAUUCUACAAGUUCUUUGAUUGGCCAUUGUCUUUACAAAUUUGGCGAAUUUGAUGAUGCACUUAACUAUUACGAAUAUGCGAAUGUUACAUUUAAUCGACCCAAUAAUAUACAUUUAGUUCAUUUACUAAUGGGUUCAUGUUAUGUGCGCAAAGAAAAUUAUAAUUUAGCGAAAAAAUUUUUUUUAAUUCCUUGUAAAAUUUCACCAACAUGUGAAACAUGGCUUGGACUGGGAAUUGCAUUGUAUCACAUGAACGAAUUAAAAGAAGCUGAGAUGGCUUUUAAUGAGGCAAAUGAAAUUAAUUCACGUAAUGCAAUCACGUGGGGCUAUUUGUGUCUUUUAAAUAUUUCACUUCAACGAUACGAUGAAUUUUCACAAUGCUACAGACAAACUGUAAAGAAUAAUCUUAAAAAUAGUAAAUUAUGGCAGACUAUAAUAGACGCUAUGGAAAAAAUUGGUUAUUCAUCGCCAAUAAUUUCUACAACUGCGGAAAACAUAAAUAGCACAUAAUAUGAAA